CUUGUUUAGCAGUUGUGUUUUCAAUAUAGUCAGUUAUUUAAAAGUUAUCAUUCAAGUACAAAAAUCUCCAGCCACACACGUACUUACACUGGCGGAAUAGAAUUAGUCCUACGAAAUUGAUAAAAAUAGUUGAAAAAAAAACAAAAAAAAAAAAAAGAUGAACAACACAGUUAAAUCGACUAUUCUUCAAGAGACCUCCGCAUAUAUCGAUCUCUUGCAGUCAAUUUGGAAUCAAAUGUUUGAGCCUACAACAUGCAAUGAAUAUCUCUUACGUCUUAAGGAUCAUGUUAUCUUAUUUUUUAACGAUCUAAUUAAUGAAUCGGAGCAGAAGGAGCAAAAGAUUAUCGACGAAAUAUCGAGAUUGAGCAAUAUCGCCGAUGACCUCAAUCGUCAAUUAAAUCGAGAUGUUGUCAUAGAUGAGCGGCCCGUGGAUAUGCCCCUAACAAUGUGGCAACUGAAUCUGGACAAUAGCGUCGAAAAUCUCAGAAAGGACUUAAACGAACGUCGGGCCGAGAUUUUCGGGUUGCUAUUGCAACAGAAGCAGCUGUGCGCAGAAUUGGGUGAACAGCCCCGGCCCUUAUCGGCGGAUCCGAUUGCUACUGACGACGAUUUAUUGGCAUUUCGUAAGCAUUUGGAAAAAAUGUCCGUCCAACGUGAAUUGCUUCUCAACGAGAUUGGCCAGUUGCGGAAGCAAAUUCAACAGGAUAUGAAGACGUUAGAUCUCUUGCCCAGUAACGAAAAUGAAAAUCAUUUAUUAAAUGCAAUCAAUCAUGAUGUAAUACCAGAGACAUUGGACAGUCUGAAGAAACUGCAUGAAAUGUAUAAGACUCAGGUGGAUCAAAUGAAAAAUGAAAUUGAUGUGAUGUUCGAGAAAGUACAAACGCUAUGGCUUUGUCUGGGCGAGAAAGUGAUUGAUUCAUUUGGUAGGCGACAAGUAGAAGAGUGCAAAUCAAAGUACAAUCAGCGCACAUUUGAUAUACUUCUAGAGGAGUUGCAACGCUGUCAGAACUUAAGAAUUCAGAAUCUCCCAAGUUAUAUAGAGAAUCUGCGUGUUGAGUUCUCCAAGUGGUGCGAUGUCACCUUGAAAAGCGAUCAGGAGCGCCAGCGUUUCAACAUUUUCCACAACGAUUCUAACAAUAAAGAUUUUCUCGAGGUCUGUGAACUGGAACUAGAAGACGUUAUGAAUUUCUACAGGAAAACUAAAACCAUCUUUGACUUGUUUGAGCGUCGCGUAACUCUCUGGACUCGUAUGGAGGCUUUGGAGACCAAAGCCAAUGAGCCGGGACGCUUUAACAAUCGUGGAGGUCAACUACUCAAAGAAGAGCGUGAACGCAAAGCCAUUGGCAUUAAGUUAAGCAAGAUUGAGGCGGAAAUAACCAAACUAGUGCAGGAUUAUGAGCAACGAGAGAAUGUUCCAUUUUUGGUCUAUGGCAAGAAUAUAUUGGAGCGAUUCGCAGAGGAUUGGGAAACUAAAAAGAAGAAUCGUCCCGAAUCUGUAAGCAAAAUACAACCCACAUCCAAAACUGCCCGAAUGCCUACUUCAAUGCGAAUGCCGUCCAGAUCAACUAUUUCUUUGAAAAAGAUUUCAACCAAGGCUAAAUUGGUUACUGGUAGCACUGGCCAACUCUUGUCCAGUGGAUCCUCUUCCGACUCGGUCAAUGAUGCAGCAACUGUCAAAACAAAACGAUCAAAUCUGUUAGCCAAAAACACUUGGAAAACAAAAGAAAAUGCCGUACUUAAAUUUCAGGCAUCCAGUGACGAAGAUAGCUGCAAGUAUUUUCGAAAUGAGAAUUGUGGUUCUCGUUGUGUUGGUAAUUAUAAGGAUCUGAAUCAACAUUUGGACCAACGAACCUUUAGAACCCCGCUAAGCUUGCGUCAGCCCAAAGCAAAGCCUUCAAGACCAUUUGAGAAUGGUGACCAGAAACGUUGCCAUCGUAAUCCAGCCGAGUCGCGCGGACUUCCCACAUGGCGACCUUAGAUGGAUUACAAUACAUCUAUUAUUCUUAAAAGAUAUGCUACUAUUCUUAUUUUUUGUCUUCUGUUAUAUAAGAUUUUAAUGAAAUUAUAAUGUAUAUUAUUUACACCAGUAACCAA